AUGGCACAAAACAGAAACGGCAACGUCCACGCCCAUGCACCUCCUGUUUAUCCCACCGCAGACUCACCCAUCGGCAACAUUGCCUCGCUCCAGGACAAAGUUGCACUGAUCACCGGCGGCUCCUCAGGUCUCGGUCGAGCCAUCGCCCAAGCCUACGCCGCAGCAGGCGCGUAUGUCGUUUCGGCAGACUUGAGCCCGAACCCGCCUCCUCAGCCUAUUAUUGCAGACAACCUGAAAGGCACCGACUUGACGACGCCGACCGUCGACUUGAUAAAUACGAAAUGGCCGCUGCCCACUAGCUCCGAGUUGAAGAAGGCACGUUUUGUCACUUGCGAUGUCACGGAUGAAGAGAGCGUGAAGGGAGCGGUCGCGUUUGCGGUGCAGACGUAUGGGAGAUUGGAUGUUAUGGUUAACAAUGCCGGCAUAUCCGCCGAAGCCAACUCCCCCUCCUACCGAGGCCAACCCCUCCGCAUCCACGAAACGGACGUCUCAACUCUCGACCGCUCCCUUGCCGUCAAUGUCCGCGGCGUCUUCCUCGGCACGAAAUACGCGGUCGCCCAAUUUCUUUCUCAGCCACCAGGUCCUACGGGGCCGGACAACGAAGUGCAUCGAGGCUGGAUCGUCAACCUUUCCAGCAUUCUCGGCUCCGCCGGUUUCGCAGGUGUAUCUUCCUACUGCGCGACAAAGGGUGCCGUCCUCCAACUCACCAAGGCAACAGCCCUGGAGUACGCUCGGGACGGUAUCCACAUUAACGCGCUCCAGCCCGGGUUCACGGAUACGGCAAUGUUGGAGGAUAUGUAUGCGCGCGGCGGACGGGAAGGAGUCACUAAUUUGUUGAAGAGCUUGCAUCCGUGGGGACGCCUGGGAAGACCGGAGGAUAUUGCGAAGGUGGCGGUCUUUUUGGCGGGGGAAGGUGCCAGUUGGGUCACAGGCCAGGGGUGGGCGGUUGAUGGGGGAUAUUUGGCGCAAUAA